GCGUUGUACGAUUCGUGAUUCGUGCGGAUCAUGCGCUAGUGUGCGAGUGUGCAUGUGCGGUUCGAUUCAGUCGCACGUCGCACGCGUUUUCAAGAACGAGGUGACUACAAAACUGCUUUUCGUGCUUGAGCGGCAGAUCGUAAAAAAAAAAAAAAAUACGAUGGUGUCCACUGAUUCUCAAGGAACUUACAUCUCGUUUGCGUCGAAAUAGCAAAUUGUGUCCAUUCUAUUAUAUAAAGCUUUAUAAAGUAAACAUGCGUCGAGCACGUAUUAAAGCUUUGGCUAGUGUGCCAAUUCGAAAGAAUCCUGUACAAGAUGCAGUAGCUCUUGUUGAUACAAGUGAUCUGUCUGAUAAAGAACAAAAAAAGAAAGAUGCAUCUAAUGCUCAGCUGAAAUAUAAACCAGAAGCUAUCAGAGAUAUCACAGAGGUAAAGAAACAGAAAGAUGAAGGUACUGAUAUUGAUAUAAUAAAGCAGGAAAUCGUUAAAGAUGCUGCAAAGAUAUCUGAGGAAACUAUUAAGAAAGAACAAAAAGAAGCUAGUUUUGUAGAACCAGAACCAAUCAUAGUUAUAAAACUAGAUUCUCAAGAAUCAUGUCCUCAAGUAAAACCAAGUUCUCAAGAACUAUGUGCUGGAGUGAAACCAGCUUCUCAAGAACUAUGUGCUGGAGUGAAACCAGCUUCUCAAGAAUUAUGUGCCCAAACAAAACCGAAUUCUCAAGAAUUGUGCAUUGAAAUAAAUGACAAGCCUGAAAAAUCUAUUGAUCAAUCGGUUCAAAAGAAUAUUCCACCAUCGUCAGAUGUGCCAUCGACAGCAAUAGAUAUAAUUUCUCCUACAAAGAAUCGUCUGUGUUUUAUGAGACCUGUACCGAGACUAGACACUGGUGGUAGAGUAAGAAAGAAUAGCAUACAGGGAAGCGGUGCGAGUGCGAGCGAAUCCGAGGAUGAGCACGGCAAGAGAACAGCGUCCGUCGUGCCAAGUCGCAUACGAAAUGAUUCUAUUUGUUCUGUACAGAGCAACAAGGAAAGUACUACUGCUGAUAAUCAAAAUAUCUCUCCGAGAAUUAAAGCGAUGCAGAAGAGGCGCAUGCAGGUUUCGGAAUCGGCGAGAAGGCUAGCCGAAGCGAGAAGGGAGUUCUUACUAAAACACGAAAAUAAAACGCCUGAUAAAAGUCAGAUGAAAAUGUAUGAUUUUAUAUAUUAUAAUCCUGUAACGAAUCCUAUGAAGUCGAACAAAGAACAAAGAAUAAUUGCAGCACAACCAAUGGAAAUACCAGAAGAGGAAGAAGCGGAUGAUCCGUCGGCGAUGCCUGUGCCGCAAGUCAAAGUCGGUCCUGACGGUCAAUUGAUAAUAGACGAACAGAGUCUCGUGAUAGAACAAAAAGAUGCAAAAAGAGUUAGAGAAAUAAUGUCGAAUGAUAUUAUUGUUGAAGAUGGUAUUUGCAAUAAUGGUGGUUUCUAUAAGAAACAUAAGAGAAGAAAGGAGUGGCCAAAAUGGGAGACACUUAAAUUUUACAGAGUCUUGAAUGUAGUUGGCACUGAUUUUCUAUUGAUGCAGACUCUAUUCCCAAAUAGGACUAGACAAGAAAUUAAACAAAAGUACAAGAAAGAAGAAAGAGUUAAUCGUCAAUUGAUUGAAAAAGCUCUGAAAUACCAUCAAGAGUUUGAUACUGAAAUGUUAGAAGAGCAAUUAGAAAUGUUACAAAAACUUGAAAAUAUCCAAGACACUCCUAAAAAGACAUCGGAGAAAAUAAAAAAUGAUCAAAAUAUAACUAAGGCGGCGAAAAGACGCAAGCAUCGAUUGGUGGCGAAAAGUAUAGGGGAGUGUGAAACGCUAUUAACGAAGAACGUUAUUAACAACGAAGAAGCUGAAGACACAACGAUAUCAACAAGCGACGAGAUCGACAUCGAAAUGAAUAGCGAAACGAGUGACACUCAUCAACAAAUGAGGAAGAGAAGUAAAGCACGAAAGAGGCGAUUGGAUGAUAGAUCUGACAAUUCCGAUGAUGACAGCGCAAGCGGUUCCAAUAGCGAUUCGGACAGUUCUCCGGAGAUCUAUCGAAUCCGACCGACUAGAUCUGGUAGACAGCCGAAGAAGGUGAAAAAGCUGCAAGCGCCCGAUGUCAAUAAACUUAAUACGCCUAAUGUUAAUGCGAUACCUGACAGUAGUAUCGAGAAUAAAUCGUCAGUAAUUGGUGACGAGAAUGUGAUAUCGUCACAUGUGGCCGUGGAAGUUACAGAGGUUGUAAAUAGUUCAACCGAGAACGGUGAAAGCGCGGAAACAUCGUCUUCUGAAAAUAUUACGAACGUAAUACCAAAUAUAAGUCAAAUGGAACCGGGAUCUUUGGUAAUCGUAUCGAAGGAGUCUGCAGAGGAACCUGGAAACACUAUUCUGCAGGUUUAUAUGGUUAGCUCGAACGUUGAUAAUGUUAACGUGGCGACUGAACUUAGCGAAUCUACGGCGGAUCAGCAGAAUCUAUCGGACUCUUUAACAACGGUAACUAAUAAGCCGGAAACUGCUGAAUCGACUAAACCUGACAAUGAUGAAAAUUUCGAAAAAUGAUCUUUUGCAUUUGUACUUAGCUAUACAAUUCAAUUUUAGAUAGCAUUACACAAAUGAUACGUAUCUUCGAUUUGUCGGGAUUGAAUAUUAAUUUAUAUAUAGACUAGAAGAGUAUAAAAAAGACUGCAAAAGAAGAAUGCAAGAGAAGAUACAUUUCUAAUUUUGUUAUUUAUAUGUCUGUAAAGUUUUGUGUUUUUAAUUAAUUAUAAAUAAUAUUAAUUAUAUAUAAUAGCGAGGAUUUCUUUUUACUAUAUUGCUUAUUAUGUAGGAUAUUUUCUAUAUGGGGAUAAAUUCAUUUCUUCCGACAAAUUGAAGACGAUUUAUUGUGAUAAGAAUUGCGCAAUAUACGGAUGCACAUUUAUUCCUAU